UCACCCUGCUUUGCAAACUGAUUUCAUGCACGUCACUUGUGGUUUAACUGAAUUCUUCAAAAGCCUCUGCAGAGCAGACCGUUGCCAGACAGUUCCCUAAAGCAACUUAGUGAGAAGGAAGCGACCAACAAGCAUUUUGAAUUCAGGCGCCUGAUUGACAUCUCACUCACAAUAGCAGAGAAUGACAAUGCCAGUUAUAGGUGGCAUGGUGACUUCACUAAUGGAUUCAGAGGUGUAUGACUAUGACUCCAGCUUCACCCCCACGGCUGGUGAGGACAAUCUGGACGGCUUUAUGUGCGACAAAUAUGCCGUCAGGGAAUUCCGAGGCCAGUACGAACCGCCUCUCUACUGGACCAUCAUCAUCCUGGGCGGCCUGGGCAACCUGACCGUAGUUUGGAUCUACCUCCACUUCCGCCAGCGUCUCAAGACCAUGACCGAUGUCUACCUGUUGAACCUAGCUGUGGCCGACCUCUUCUUCCUGGGCACUCUGCCCUUCUGGGCCGUGGAGGCCACCCAGGGAUGGAGCUUCGGCCCGGGCCUCUGCAAGGUCACCUCGGCCCUUUACAAGAUCAACUUCUUCAGCAGCAUGCUACUGCUCACCUGCAUCAGCGUCGAUCGCUACGUGGUCAUCGUCCAGCCCACCAUGGCCCAGAACUCCAAGAAACAGCGGCUGAGCUGCAGCAAGUUGGUGUGUGCCUGCGUCUGGCUACUGGCCGUGGUGUUGGCCCUGCCCGAGUUCACGUUCGCCAACGUCAAGGAGCUGGAGGGCCAGAGCUACUGCACCAUGGUCUACUGGAGCAACGAGAACAACCGUACUAAGAUCCUGGUCCUGGCGCUUCAGAUCUGCAUGGGCUUCUGCCUGCCCCUGCUGGUCAUUGUGUUCUGCUAUGCCGGCAUCAUCCGCACCCUUCUCAAAACCCGCAGCUUCCAGAAGCACAAGGCGUUGCGCGUGAUCCUGGUGGUGGUGGCCGUGUUUGUCCUCUCCCAGUUGCCGUACAACAGCGUGCUGGUGAUGGAGGCCACCCAGGCAGCCAACAGCACCGAGACGGACUGCGACGCGGCAAAGCGUUUCGACGUGGUCGGCCAGGUGCUGAAGAGUCUGGCCUACACGCACGCCUGCCUCAACCCCUUCCUGUAUGUGUUUGUGGGCGUACGCUUCCGCAGAGACGUCCUCAAGCUUCUCCGCAUCUACCACUGUUGGCCGGCCAAGGGGAAACUCGGCAAGAUCCAGGGAGGCCCCGGGCGCUCAUCAGUCAUGUCGGACACGGACACCACACAGGCGCUCUCGCUUUGAAGGCACGGUCAUAGUACAACCUUUCACUUGCGACCAGAAGUCCCUCAUAACAAUUGGGGUCUGUGCAAACUUGUUUGCGGACAUACGCUCUAUUCCAUGAUGCAGAAGUUGUAGUGUUUUUUGCCCACUCUUGAAUCAGACUUUGACUUCUUUGGUUAUCGGACCAUGGCUGAGGCUGAGGCAGUGACAUGGGGAAGGAAGAGGUCCCUUUCUGAGAGCUGGGGGAAUGUCGAGGAAGACCUCUUGGCUCUUUGGGGCAUUGCUAUAAGUGUUGGUCAUGAUAAGACUCUUAAAUUGGCUGGUCCAAACACCUUUUCAUUUUUGCUGGUGUCCACAAAGGAUGAACAAUCACAGUCUGGUGUGGUUGGGGAUUUGUGUUUGACGAUGCCAGGGAUGGGAAAAGAGCUAACCAUGACAGCAUUGGUCCUGUACUGGUCUAAUGCAUUUGCAUUGGUCUUUAAUGUUCUGCCAAUUCAGCCAUGUUGUUUUUGUGUCUUUUUUUUGCAUUUGUUUAGAAAGCAGAGAGAUGGGAAAGAGAAGAAGACCCCUCUUUUCUUUGAAAUGAUGGAUUCUGUGACAGCAUGGGCAGCACCAUUGUGGGCUAUCUCCAUUUUAAAGUAGUCAAUUUUUCUUCUUCUACUUCUGGGUUUAUUGACAGUUUGUAAACAAACUGAAAAGGUGCAUACCAUCACUGGAUUGUGUAUAGUCUGAAAAGGUGUAAAGUGCUGCCCAUACUUAGACAGCUUUGUGGCAAGUGUACCCUCUAUCCAUCUCUAUGUUAUAAAGUUUGUUUUCUAUAUUAGCCAGUCAUUACGAUCUACUAUGGAUAUUAUUUUUUGUAUCAAUUUCUUUGUUAGGAGCAUAUCAAUGAACUGAUCAAUUCUUUGAAAUACUUUCUAAGUAGGAAAGCCCUUAUUUGUGAUGAGUAUGUUUAGCUUUCACAGUGAGAGUGAAAAAGUGUCAUAAACAAAAAAGUUGUAUUGCCCUGUUCACAAUGACAAUUAUCAUCAAAAAUGUAGGUCACUGUUGUUGAAUUUGAAUAAAUAUUUUCAGUUA